GUGCAACCCUGGGACUACAUUCCCCAUGGUGCACCGGGGCUCAAAGGAGCUGGGCUGUGAUUGGGCCCCCCCUUCCUGCAGGCUGCUGGAGAAUGAAUAAAAUUGUACAGUAUAUUCUGAUGUGAGAGGUUUAAAAAAAAAAAAACCAAAAGAAAGAAAGAAAGAAAAGGAGAGAAAAAAAAAUUCUCUCUGCUCCUCCAACCCGCCAGCCCUGGAAAGCAGAGACACCUCCGCACCCUCCCAAAAUGGCUACAGCUGUGCACAAGCCUAUCAAAUGUUUAGGCGAAGAUUUCUACCGGGAAGCCAUUGAGCACUGCCGCAGCUACAAUGCCCGGCUAUGCGCAGAGCGGAGCAUGCGCCUGCCUUUCCUCGACUCGCAGACGGGGGUCGCCCAGAACAACUGCUACAUCUGGAUGGAGAAGACUCACCGGGGACCAGGGCUGGCUCCGGGCCAGAUCUACACUUACCCAGCUCGCUGUUGGCGGAAGAAGCGGAGGCUCAACAUCCUGGAGGAUCCUCGCCUGCGGCCUUGUGAGUUCAAGAUUGACUGUGAGCCCCCCUUGAAGAAGGAGGGGGGGCUUCCCGAAGGUCCCGUCCUGGAAGCCUUGUUGUGCGCCGAGACGGGAGACAAGAAGCCGGAGCUGAAGGAGGAAGAGCUCAUGCUAGACUGUCCGAAGGCGCCGAUUGGGGAAUUUCUCCACGACUUGGAUACGGAUGACCUGGAAGACGACGUCCCUCGCCGGAAGAACAAGGCCAAGAGCAAGGCCUACGGCAUCGGGGGUCUGCGGAAGAGGCAGGACGCGGCGCUGCUGGAGGACCGAGACAAGCCCUAUGUCUGCGACAUCUGUGGGAAGCGCUACAAGAACCGCCCGGGACUGAGCUACCACUACACACACACGCACCUGGCAGAGGAGGAGGGCGAGGAGGGGCCUGAACGCCACACCCUCCCCUUCCAUCGCAAGAACAACCACAAACAGUUUUACAAAGAGCUGAACUGGGUCCCCGAGAACCAGCGCAGGCACACAGCUAAGAAAGCACCGGACGGCACAGUCAUACCAAACGGUUAUUGUGAUUUCUGUCUAGGCGGCUCCAAGAAGACCGGCUGCCCCGAGGAUCUCAUCUCCUGCGCGGAUUGUGGCCGUUCAGGGCACCCAUCCUGCCUGCAGUUCACCGUCAACAUGACAGCUGCCGUGCGGACUUACCGGUGGCAGUGCAUCGAGUGCAAGAGCUGCAGCCUUUGCGGCACCUCCGAGAACGACGACCAGCUGCUGUUCUGCGACGACUGCGACCGGGGCUACCACAUGUACUGCCUGAGCCCACCCAUGGCUGAGCCCCCCGAAGGAACCUGGAGCUGCCACCUGUGCUUGCGGCAGCUGAAGGAGAAAGCGUCUGCCUACAUCACCCUGACCUAGGCUGGGGGGCCCGUUGCCCACCCCC